CUUACAGGACAUCACCCGACUGGCGACAGCUUCACUUAGUUUGGUCCCUCCAACCCAACAACAAACGACGCCAUAAAAAACAAAUACACCAGAUAAUUAGAUCGCCUAUACGGUCGCACAUUAUCACAUCCAUACAACCUCCUCACAGUUAUUAGAACGAACAUUCCACACGUGGCGCGUCGCAAUCCUUGAGCCAUGUCGCUCCUCCUGGCGCACUUGGAGCAAAUCUCCACGUCAUGCGAAAGCAUCGACAGCCUUCCUUUCCCCCCUCCCAAAAUAUUCACCAACGCCCUCCUCUCGAACCACGACAUUACGUCCUUGAUUCGCGACACCGAAGCCCACGAGCGCGCCCUCUUCUCCGUCCCUCCCCCUCCCCCAAAAGCCACCACCCAGGCGCCCGAUCCACCAAAACCCGCGAACCGACGACAAACCAUCUUCAACGUUGCCGGCGGCGAGGUCACCACAGGCCCACCAGCCAAGUCGACGCGCAGCAGCGGCCCGACGCGCCGUAACACAGCCGUGGCCGCCGUCUUGGGCGGAGAUCUUCACGCACAAAUAACGCGACGCAACCCUGCCGGAAGUGGAGGCGGCGAACUCGACAUCGAAGUGCUACUGCGCGGUGCCGAGAAGCUCUGUACGGUAUACCCCUUGCCUGGCGCGCUGGAGAGGAUACCGGCCCAGCGGCGAAAGAACGAACAGUUGAUGAACACGCUGGCGUACUAUGAGACCAGGGUGGCAGAGCAACAAGAGGCUUUGGACAGGUUGAACCUGGACCGUUAUGCGGAAGAGGAGGAAGAAGAGGCGGGCAGAGAGAGCGCGGCUGCUGCCGACGUCAUGACGGAAGAAGAUCUGAGGAGGGAAGAGGAGGAGAUACGCGAACUGGAUCGAAGGAGGAGGGAGUUGCAAGCGAGGUUGCGAGCGACGGAGCGCGAUCUCAAUGGAUUGAUGGAGUUUUGAGCGCAGUAUCUGCUCAAGAGUGUCCGAUACACGCAAGAAGCUACCAAGGUUAUUCGAACUACGACGAAAAGAAGACUUUGCGAUAUCAUAUAUCAUUACGCAAGCAGCCUUGACACGCAGGAACUCUUGGACAAAUGUCUCCGGAUCCUGCGCCCCGCUGAGUUCUGACUGUCCGUUGAUGGUAAAGUUGGGAACUCCAUGGAUUCCCUUCCUCUGCGCCUCUGCAACCUCACGAUCAACGUCCUCGCCACCUCUAUCACUGGCCAGCCAGCUCUCGACUUCCGCUCCAUCCAAGCCCGCGCGCUUGCCAGCAGCAAUCAGCAUGUCAUUCGACGACACAUCGCCAUCUUCUUCAUGAUGCAACUGAAACAGGGCCGCAGCAGUCUUGUUUUCAAUCUCGUUGGACUUGGUUUUCGCCAGCUGAAUCAACCGAUGCGCAUUGCGGGUGUUGCCGAUCCUACCGUUCAACGAGAACUUGAUGCCUUCGCCUUCGCCAAUGGCCUUGAGGCGCGCGUGGACCAUGGCGAGGCGUUCGGGGCUGCCCAGCUUCUUGCCGAGAUAGGCCUUGGGGUCGAUACCGCCCGUUUUGGGCAGCGAAGGGUCGAGGUAGAAGGGGUGCCAGGUCACGGUGAAGGUGUCGUUUGCGCCGCCUGGGAUGACGUCCUUGUAGAGCUUGAUGGCGCGCUCGAGACGGGCUUUGCCGACGUAGCACUGGGAAAUUGGUUUAGUGUAAGUGAUGCACGUUUGAUGGAUGAUGAAGCCAAGGUAGCCAGCCAUACCCAAGGGCAGAUAAUGUCGGAGACUACUUUGAUCUGAAAGUGUGUCAUGUUGUAGGUUGGGAGAGUGAGUUGUCGGAUUACAGAUACUCGAUGUUGACGUCGGAGGAUUAUGUUUGGCGAUUAUUUCAGCUCGUAGGCCUCGAGGUUAUGAUACUUAUACUACUCAAAGAACAUGUUGUGCUACCCCCUCACCCUUCCCGAAAUUUGGAAGCCGGAGGGGUUGUAAAGAAGGCGAGAAAUACAGGGGGCUGCUUAUAAAUCGACCUCGGCUUGGAAUGCC